AUGGUUCAUCAAAACACAUUCGUCGGCGCUCUGUCUGUGCUUCUUGCCAGCGUAGCUGCCUCGCCUCUCGAACUUCAUGAGCGUGCUACCUGCAACCGAGACAAUCUCUUCCGUUGCUUCAUCGAUCAGCGGUACUCGACCCAAGCGAGUGCGUUCUGCUCCGGGCUUACUCCAUUCACAAAGACCGUAGCAACUGUCACGGCUACAGACACUGCAACUGUGUGGACCGACGUGGUGGCAACCACCCAGACAGACUUUGUCACCUCAACUACGACGGUAUUCACAGCAACUGUCCCCUCUUCAACCAUCACCGUCACCGCUUUCUAUGGCCAAAGCCCUCAAAAGCGUGCGGAAGUUGGUGCGGCUCCCGCUCCCAAGUGCGCCACCGAAGGUGCAGGCUACCCAGCUUCGCGCAUCACCUCAGCCUGCUCUUGCAUCGAUGUGCCUGCACAGACAACCAGUGUCACUUACACAGCUGGCACAGUGACUGUCACUGAUACGUCCACCUCCCUUCUCACUGCUUCUGCUACGGCGACAGUCUGGGAGACAGUUUCUACCGUAACAACGAGCGGCGUGGCUACCGUAACAGUCGCUCCAGCUCCUCUCGAGAACCUGGAUUUCGAGAAAGGCAACUUCGACGGCUGGACUUACAGUGACAACAACGGUGCCGGAUGGGAUGGAGACAUCGUCAGAGUUCCAGGUGCCAACGGCCAGCCUACCUGGGCGUUUCGUUCCAUCAACCGUCAGUACCUCGGUUUUGCUCUCUUGUACUUCAACAACCGGUACUUCCAUCUGAAGUCGGGCCCCCGGUACAGAAUCAGCUUUUCGGGCAAGACGACAGCUCCUGGCGCCGGCAACACACUCCCCAACACCUACUUCUCGGUCGUCGGUAAGCCUAACUGGUCUAUCGGAGCAUCUUGGUCUUCGCCUUUGCAGAACGGUACUCCUCUUGGAAAUGGUUGGUACAGAUUCAGUGGAGAGUUUACGGUUCCCGCCAGGUACGAAGGCGAUUGUGGAUUGAACAUUGGGUUCACAAGAAACACAAACUACGUCGAGCAUUUUAUCGACAACAUUACUCUUGAGCAGCUUUAA